UUUUUUUUUGCAAAGCAGGGGAGGCGUGGAUCUCCCUCACUUUUGACAUUCUCGUGCCCGUGGUAGAUUCUCCUCAAGGCACGACUCAGAUGACACCACCCCGCCAGCGAUCGGAGGAGAAACAACGGAAGCUCUUUCUCCCUCCCUCGUGCGUCUAUUUUGACACUGGAGCGCUUCUUGCGGGGUUCCGCGAAAUAGAUCGAAACUUCGGGGAGUUGUUUGCGUGUUCACAGUAGCUGCGGGAAUCCUCUGCGGGAAAGCGCAUGAGCCACGGAGUGCCAGUGGUGGAAUGUAGGAGCGAAAAAAGCGCAUUUUUGGCGCAUGAUCCCUUUCGUCGUGUGCAGCCUUCUACUUUCUGUGCGGUUGGAAGGCAGAGGAGGGGGAGGAAGAGGAGGAGGAAGAGGAGGAGGAGGGACGGCUUUUAACGACCCGAUUUCUUGCCUAUGGACGACGGCGGUCCCCUUUCUCCAAAGGCAAAUGCUUUCAGUAUUGCCUCUCUGAUUUCGGCUGCAGAGCGAGCAGGAAACGCAGCGUCUGACAAACACAGCACCGGCCUGAACAAGCCAGACCUGCACAAGCACAGUUCUUUUACAAUGCACUACAGCACUGUCACCAGGGAAAUGGAAGCCAUCUCCAGCCCGUGGCUGACGCAGCUGUCCCAUUUUUGCGAUGUUGCAGCCUUCACGACGAACAGCCUGAGCAGCCUGAACACGCCGGGGGGCUAUCAUCUCUCCCCGUCCCCCGGGGACCCUUACAGCCAGCAUGAGUCCCACUUCGAGCCCUGCCCGGCCACCCAGCAUACCUACAACUAUCCGGGAUCCAAUUCGGGUCCGGCUCAGCCGAGCGACACCGGGACUCCCAACUGCUCGUCGUCGUCGUCGUCCUCCAGCUCUACGCCGAACAGCAAAAGUAUCGUGAAAAAGAACCCCAAGGUAGCCAAUAUUAACGUGCAGCUGGAGAUGAAAGCAUUGUGGGACGAGUUUAAUCAGCUGGGAACGGAGAUGAUAGUCACCAAAGCGGGCAGGAGAAUGUUUCCAACUUUUCAAGUGAAAAUAUUUGGGAUGGAUCCCAUGGCGGACUACAUGCUUCUCAUGGACUUCCUGCCUGUGGAUGACAAGCGCUACAGGUAUGCUUUCCACAGCUCGUCGUGGCUGGUGGCGGGGAAAGCGGAUCCUGCCACACCGGGCAGGGUCCAUUACCACCCGGACUCUCCGGCCAAAGGCGCGCAGUGGAUGAAGCAGAUAGUCUCCUUUGAUAAACUCAAGUUAACUAACAACCUGCUGGAUGACAACGGACAUAUCAUUCUGAACUCCAUGCACCGCUACCAACCCAGGUUCCAUGUGGUUUAUGUAGACCCGCGCAAGGACAGCGAGAAGUACGCCGAGGAGAACUACAAAACCUUUGUUUUUGAGGAAACCCGCUUCACGGCCGUCACAGCUUACCAGAACCAUCGGAUUACACAGCUGAAAAUCGCCAGCAAUCCCUUUGCGAAAGGCUUUAGGGACUGUGACCCGGAAGACUGGCCCAGGAAUCACAGGCCAGGCUCUCUGCCAAUAAUGAGUGCCUUUGCCAGAACAAGAAACCCAAUGUCAUCUCCCCCUCAGCAAAACGGCACAGACAAAGAAGACAGCAGACGGGAGUACGAGCGCGACCCCAGUGGCACACCCUUACACGCAGACCCAGCUCACCAGCUCAUGUCCCGUGUCCUCAGCCCCGCCCUGCCUGUUCCAGGAGGCCUUCACGCCGUCCCACUUUCAGGUGGCCGACCCAGCCCUCCUCACGAUCUCCGGUCGGAUCCCCACCCCCUACCCCCGGACACCUUGCACCAUCACCCUUACAAGUACCCCAACACAUAUGAACACUAUCUAGGAGCCAAGACCAGACCGUCACCGUACCCCUUACCCAGCAUCAGAGGACACACGUAUCAUCACCACAUGAAUCCCGCCACAGCGAACAUGUACUCAGCCACCAGUGGCCCCUCAAACUAUGACUAUGGGCCCAGAUAAUGACUGUCCAGGGAGGCUGUCGGGCUGAGGACUGUGGAGGUCACUGCAAGCAGGACAGCAGCAAUGUCCUUUCCAAUGGUGGCUAGUGCAGUCAGCGGAGCGCCCCCCCCCCCCACCCCUCCGUUCUGCUGGAUAAACACCAACGUAUUUAUUUAAAGGAAAUGUGUCUUCCCGCGAAGCACAGGCCCUUAAAGAGGUCAACUCUGACCUUUGAACUUAGCUCCAUGAGGACCCGUCCUACCUUGAGCAGUGCAGACACAAGCAAAGACAAGAGGAACCUCUCCUUAACAGGGACAAUACUUUUCAUCACAGACUGAUUUCUUUUUCCUUUUUUUGAUGCACUUUUUGAUUUGCGUUGUUUUAUUAUAUUGCUUUCAAAAAAAGCCAUAUGUCAUAUAGUCCCAUCAACAAGGUAGACAAGAUAUUUGCAUGCUGAGCUCAUCAGAAGAUGUUGAAACAGAUCAGCAUGUUUUGGCAUGAGAUGAAAAAGGAAAAAAAAGGAUUCUGAACAUCCUGAGCUGCUCUGAGAAGCUUGUACCAUGGCACUGACUUGCAGAAAUUCUACGCAAAUAAAUGAAGCCGAAUGACUUUUCUGUAUCUGUAAAAUAAACAUUAAAUUCUUGUAAUUCAUAAAGAGGAAAA